GCGGCCUCUCCCGCGUCCCUUCCACCCGCAGCGCCGUCCGACCGCCACCGCCACCAUCGUCCUCAAAGCCCCUCCGGGAGCCUGAGCUGCCCCCGUGCCCCACAUGGACACCCAAGUGCAGGAUGGGACCGAGGCAGCACCAGAGGGAUGCCCAGUGGCCGAGGUCCAAGUGCAGCAGUGGUCAGUGCAGGAGGCAGGGGCCUGGCUGGCUGCCCAUGGCGGGGCAGGGGAGCUGGCGGAACAGGCAGCCCAACAUGCCGUCUCGGGCCGGGUCCUGCUGCGGCUGACAGACGGGUCCCUGCGGCGCAUGGGGGUGGCCCCGCGGAGCCGCCGGCGGAUGCUGCUGCGGGAGCUGCUGCGGCUGCGGCUGCAGCAGGAGCUGGAGGAGCUGCUGAGCAUCGUUGGGGAGUGAAGACGACAUUCCAGAGUUAGCAGGACAUGAGGUGAUGCCACGGAAGGGCAAAGCAGCAGCUGGAACUGAGCACCCAAGGCAAGGGAACCCCAAAGGUCGCCCUGUCCUUUUUGAAGAAGCCUAGACCUAGCUGGUGAGACGGGAGAGGUGGCCACUGGGCCUCAGGCAGCACAAAUUGAGUGGUGCAGCAGGACAA